UUGGGUACAAUACAUCGCACAAUGUGGGGCCCUUUCAGAAAGAUUGUUAUAAUGGAUGCUAGGGGAUAUUUACAUAUCAUUAAAGUUUGGGGUGACCUACUAAACAAAAAUGCACUCCGCUGGGCGUUGGCUAAGGAGGAUUAUGGCAUAAUAACUGGGACUAUGUUUAGACGGUUCAGAAGACAAGAGUGCCUCGAGUCUUCGGAUCAUACCGCAAUACACUUCAAUCCGUUCCAUCACAACACCCAUCAUUUUCGACCAAUCCAAAAAGCUUUGGUGGCGCUGAACAACCGUCAGUUUGCUGUGACAUUUCUUGAAGAAGAAAGGCGUAGAUAGAUUCUACAAAUUCAC